AUGCUUGCAAGUCCUUGUCAAACUCGAACUCGUAUCAUAAAGCCCCUUGGUUUCCACUAGAACUUCUUUCCUCGAUCUGGUGGUGAUUGGUUACCCUCUUUCUUCGAAUCUUAACCAUGACGACGAUAACUACCAAAUCACUCUGAUUCCCGCCACUGGGUUUAUCAUCUUUUUAAGCCAACUCAGUUGAAGAUCCAAUCUGUUAUUGAAACAUCUUGACUAUAACCAGGAAAAAUGGAUGGUUCUAGUAGAGGGAACGCUGGCGCUGAUGUGUUUUUACCGAAUUAUAAACUUGGGAAAACUUUAGGAAUUGGUUUGUUUGGUAAAGUGAAAAUUGCAGAGCAUGCACUGACUGGACACAAAGUUGCCAUUAAAAUUCUUAAUCGGCUGAAAAUAAGGAGCUUGGAAAUGGAGGAAAAAGUUAGACGAGAAAUCAAAAUACUGAGGUUGUUCAUGCACCCUCACAUUAUAAGACUUUAUGAGGUCAUAGAGACCCCCAGUGACAUAAAUGUUGUAAUGGAGUAUGUGAAAUCUGGAGAGCUGUUUGAUUACAUCGUAGAGAAGGGUAGGUUGCAGGAGGAUGAAGCCCGAAACUUUUUUCAGCAGGUAGAGAUACUGGUACUUUUGGUUCAGAAUUGUUUAUGUUGUGUCACUCUGGGAUUAAGGGAUUGGUAGAAUUACUUCGGGAUUGAAAA